CCCCACCAUGCCUUUGGCCUUGACCGUGGUACUUCUGUGUGGCCUGGGCGGCCCCGGGGGAUGGGGCUGUCUGCAGUGCGACCAGUCGGUACUAGAUGCGCUCAAGCAGCUGCGUGAGGCCAUCAUCACCAAGCGCUUCCACCUGGAAGGGCUGCAGGCGCGCGCGCAGGCCCUGCUGUUGAGCAUGGAGGGGCCUUUCUUCAGAGACUAUUCAACGAACGCGUUCGUGGGGAAAGUGGUCGUGGAUCAACUGGAAAAAGUGGUGACAUCCUUCAAGAACCAAAGCCAGUAUAUAAAGGCUAACUCUAAGACAGAUGCUCCCCUGCUGGAAGAGCUGGUGAGCUUCAGGGAGCAUGUCAUCAAGGAACUAAAGAGAGCAUUAAGAGACUAUGAAACGAAAGCCUGUAACCACAAAACUUGUCACUCGUUCAAAGAGAAGAUCCUGGACUGUUUAUAUUGCAAGAAAACCAUUCCCAAGUGCAUCAAGGAAAAGUACUGCUUCGAGGAUGGGCAGUUCCGUAUGACUCUGAAGUUCCAGGCUGACAACAAACUGAGGAGCAUGGUGUGGGUGGGAGACUUGGUGACGGUGGGAUUGGCUAUCCUAACCUUCUUGGUCAUCCUGAUUGCGGCUUGUACAUAUAGGCAAAACCGGAAACUCCUGCUGAAGUAGGCCAGUGACUUUGGUGUUUGUAAAAGGAAAAUAAAUUUAAUAAAAUCUGUGUGAAUUCUUUA